AGACAUUUCAAAGAAUUAUAAUUAUUUAGAAAUCGACAAAAGACGGACAAGUGAAAUAAGAAAACAAACGCUUAGUUUUUUUGUUCUCAAAUCACUCCACAAUGUCGGCGCCUGACAAGUUUGGCAACGAUAUCGAGUCCGAGUCGGAUUCUGGGAAUGAGUCCAUCAACGAUGGUGUUGAAGAUGUGGAGGAACUAGAUCAAAAACCACUCAAGUCCGCCAUGAAGAAAUCACCAAUGGCUGCCGUUCCUAUCGAACGUCCUUAUCUUCCUCCGCAAACCGACGCGAAAGACCUCGAUCUUCCAUCGCUAACCCCUCUCACCCCCGAGAUCAUCGCCAGGCAAGCUACGAUCAACAUUGGCACCAUUGGCCAUGUCGCCCACGGAAAGUCCACUGUAGUAAAAGCCAUAUCCGGUGUACAGACCGUCCGUUUCAAGAAUGAGCUCAUUCGAAACAUUACCAUCAAGCUAGGUUACGCGAAUGCCAAGAUCUACAAGUGCGACAACCUCGAAUGUCCCCGACCUGGUUGCUACCGUAGUUAUAAGAGUGAGAAGGAGGUAGAUCCUCCCUGCGAACGCGAAGGGUGCAGUGGUACUUACAGACUUUUACGCCAUGUUUCCUUUGUCGAUUGCCCUGGUCACGAUAUUCUCAUGAGUACUAUGUUGUCAGGAGCUGCAGUCAUGGACGCUGCUCUUCUACUCAUUGCCGGAAACGAAUCCGUACCUCAACCACAGACUUCCGAGCAUCUGGCAGCCAUCGAGAUUAUGAAGCUCGAUAAGAUCAUUAUCCUUCAGAACAAGGUCGAUCUAAUGCGCGAAGAAGCUGCCCAGCAACACUACCAGUCAAUUCUGAAGUUUGUGCGCGGAACACCUGCCGCCAAGUCCCCUAUAAUUCCCAUUUCUGCCCAGCUGAAGUUCAACAUCGAUGCCAUCAACGAGGCUAUCGUCAAUACCAUCCCCGUACCUCCUAGAGAUUUUACUCAAGAGCCGCACAUGAUGGUUAUUCGAUCCUUCGAUGUCAACAAGCCUGGUGCUGAGAUUGAGGAGCUGAAGGGUGGUGUUGCAGGUGGCAGUAUCUUACACGGUGUGCUGAAAUUGGGUGAUGAGAUUGAGAUAAGACCAGGUAUCGUGACCCGUGACGACAAAGGUGCUCUUCAAUGCAAGCCCAUCUGCAGUCGUAUUGUAUCCCUGAAUUCUGAGUUCAACGACCUGAAAUACGCUGUUCCUGGCGGUCUUAUCGGUGUCGGAACUCGCAUCGAUCCUACCCUUUGUCGUGCUGAUCGCUUGGUUGGUUUUGUUCUCGGCCUCAAGGGCCGUCUUCCUGCCAUCUACAGUGAAAUCGAAGUCAACUUCUAUCUACUGAAGCGACUGCUUGGUGUUCGAACAGCGGACGGCAAGCAAGCCAAGGUUGCUAAGUUGGCUAAGAAUGAAGUGCUCAUGGUGAACAUCGGUUCUACUUCAACCGGUGCGAAGGUGGCUGCCAUCAAGCAGGAUGCUGCGAAGCUCUCAUUGACUAGUCCUGCCUGCACAAAUCUGGGAGAGAAGAUCGCCCUCAGCCGAAGAAUUGAGAAGCAUUGGCGUCUAAUCGGCUGGGCUACCAUCACAGCUGGUGUUACAUUGGAGCCUACCGAAUCGUGAGACCUACACCUGGCUCGCAAGAAACAACUCGUAUUUUACUUUAGAGCAUCGAUCAGACGUAUGAACAGACGGUAGCUCUUAGGGGAAGGGGAAGGGGAAGGGGGUUCGUUAUCAAGAAGAAAGUGCCUCGAGCACUUCGCAAGGAGACGACGGCCCACCCCCGGGGAUAGGCAGGGGAAAACCCCAAUGAGGCUUUGUAACUAAAGAACGGCGACUAAGGAAAUGGAUUAAGGAUGAAGUCGUGUACCUGCGCACCGAAUCAAUGCAGUUACUAUGCUUCAGAAUUCUAAAAGUCUUUUUUACUUUCUCCCAAGAAGUAGACUGGUAAUAGCAUAGCGAUUGGCUAGGUACCUAGGCAAUGAUAUGACAUUGCUAUACUAAA